AUGGUUCACAUUCGUUUUCUCGCCCUCCUGUCCCUCUCGGCCUACGUCGCCGCGUCGUCGUUCGCCCCCAUCGGCUCCCGCAUUGAGUUGGCCGUCCACAAGGCUGCCCACGCUGACGCGCAUGCUAAGGACCCCAAGGCUCACCACCAUACCGCACCCGCAAAGCAUCACCACCACCAUGUCACCGUGCCCGAGAAGCAUCACGUUCGUUCCGAGGAGGCCGCCGUUGAGAAGCUUGCCUUGCCUCAGAAGGCCGUCAAGCACCACCACCACCACUCCAACAAGACUGAGCACCACCACCACAAGUCCAACAAGACCGAGGUUCACCACCACAAGAACGCAACCAAGAUCGAGCAUCACCACAAAAAUGCGACCAAGGUCGAAUACCACCACCACACUGAGGUUCACCACCACAAGAACGCAACCCAGGUCGAGCAUCACCACAAGAAUGCAACCCAGGUCGAGCAUCACCACAAGAAUGCGACCAAGGUCGAGCACCACCACCACAAGGAAUCGACCAAGAAUCACCACCACAAGGAGACAGCCAAGCCCCACCACCACAAGGAGACGGCUAAGGCUCAUCACUCCCACCACACAACCACGACGACCCAGCGUCACCUGAUGAUGGAGACCGAGCCGACCACCCAUCAGAACCACGUUCGCGUCAUCAUCGACGCGCACAAGCCCAUCGCGGCCAAGCCCAGACAGACCCACGCACCCAAGGUUAAGCAACGCCACCAUUCGAAGCACACCGACGCCAAAGGCACAAAAAAGGCGAUGCACAAGCACCACCACCACAAGGCGGCUCCUCAUGUUCCCGUUAUGUGAGUUUUUAGGCUAUUUUCCUGAUCAAAUCCGAGGGUUUAUGAACCUGACCCCUUUCGUCCUGACUCUUGAAUAUUGUACAGGGCACGCGUCGUUCGCCGCGAGGCGUAG